AAAGAGGAAGCUGUGCUCAAUAGGUCACUCGCUCUCUCGUCUCGCUGAGAACGCAGCGAAGAUGAUGGUCGCUCCUCUGCUCUUCUGCAUCUGGGCCUUUGCAUCAGGCUCUGUGCAGGUGAUGCACAGAAAGGUCCAAUCCGUUCAGGCAGGAGGGAACGUUACAUUUGCAUGCCAGUCAGUCACGAAAGAAGAUGUGCUGCAGGUGACCUGGCAGAAGGAGACGGACGGGGCUGAAGACAACAUAGCGACUUACAGCAUGAUGAACGGCCAAAAGAUAGCGAAGGGCUACGUCGGCCACGUGAGCUUUGCCCACAGAGAGUUACGAGCCUCGGCCAUCUCACUGCAUGGAGUUACCCUCCAAGAUGAAGGAUGCUACAAGUGCAUCUUCAACACGUUCCCCUCCGGGGCUCUCACCGGCAGGACGUGUCUCAAGGUUUACGCCAUCUCGGACCCCAAAGUGGAGGCGAAGCUUAUGCCCAGCCCAGACAAAGCUGAGGAUGCCGAGAAAGUGGUGGGGAUGAGCUGCUCAGCAACAGGAAAGCCAGCUCCCAAAAUCACCUGGCAUCUUCCCAGCAUCCUGCAGCAGAAACCGAGGGAGUACCACGUCCAGCUUGGCAACCAGACUGUGGCUGUCAUCAGCAAUUUCACCCACACCUUCUCCAAAAUCCUCCAGGAGUACCCCAUCACCUGUGAGAUCCAACACCCCUCUCUAAACGUGACCCUGGUUCUGCCCACGGAGAGCCUGGUGCAGGGUCUGGAUAGCCGGGAUAGCAGUGUGGCACCUGCCAUCGUCAUUGCAAUGGGGGUCUUGGUCCCCCUGACUUCCCUCCUCCUUCUUGUCUGCCUCCUCCACCGCUGCCUACGUGACCCAGAGAGAAACCCAGCGUGGCCAUGCUGGGUAGGUUUGCCUUUCCCCAGGGUGCUGCUGGGCUCACCUCCACCAGUGACAGGGCUCGACGCCAGGACCCAGCUCUGCUCAGCCACCCCAGCACAGGAUGCAUGCUGCGCAGCCCAGGCUGCACCUGCGUUGGAGAGGGACAAAGGGAAUAGCCCCCAGCCAGUCAGCUGGAUGGCAGCAUUUUGGGAAGGGGAAACCUGAAGGUGUUGAGCCAGGCCCAUAGGUACCCAACGGUGACGACAACUACAGAUUGUCCACUUUCUCAACGACAAGGCA